CCGACCCGAUUUUCGUUUUCUCCCACCAAAAGAGUAAAGCCGUGUCUAGGGUUUAGAGAAUUGCUUCCAAUUCGAACUCUUCCCACAAAAUUCUGAAACCGACUUACUGGUCCAAACCUCUCUGACAAUGGCCAAGAAUAAAUCUAAAGAUCCGGAUACCUUCGCAGCUGGGAAAGACGAAACCGUUUCAGCCCCGUCGAAUAUUUUCAAGACCCUCUUCGGCGGCGGACAGGAGCAAAAUGGUGCUGUUUCGUCCAUUUUCUCUGACUCCAACCCAUUCAGAAGAAAACCCCAGGAAACAAAUUCGGAACUUUCUUUCAUUGAAGCAGCAUAUGACUCCAAAAACGAUGCUGCUGUUACGGACGAUGUUUUUGAGUCUAAAAAGGGGGAAACAAGUAAGGUGAAGAGACCCAGUGCGGAUUCAAUUGAAGAAGUCGCAAAGACUCCCUCUUUGACCAAGAAAUCAAAGAAGGAGAAAACCCAAAAUCCCAGUUUGGUUUUGGGAUCGAAUGAAGAGGGUAGUACAAAGAUCCUUCCUUUGGGUGUUGAAUUGAAUGAUGAGGUCGAAGGCGGUAAUAUUCAUGCAGGAGAAAAGGAGACAAAAAGUAGGAGGGAGAAGAGGAAGAGAGACGAGCUGGAGAUGGAGUACGAGGCAAGGAAGUAUGGGGUGGCGGCAAAUAUUGAUCAGGGUGGAGAGGGAGAAUCAAAAGAAAAGCUUGUGGGGCAGAAGAGGAAGAAAGCCGAAAAUGCGGCAGAUAUGAUGGUUUCGCAGGAGGGUUUUGAUGAUGAAAGCAAACUCUUGAGGACUGUGUUUGUUGGCAAUUUGCCUAUGAAGGUGAAAAAGAAGGUGCUCUUGAAAGAGUUUAGUAGGUUUGGAGAGGUGGAGUCCAUAAGGAUCCGGUCAGUGCCAUUGUUGGAUACCAAGAAACCCAGAAAAGGCGCCAUUAUGAUGAAGCAGAUUAAUGAUGCUGCUGAAAGUGUUCAUGCAUACAUUGUUUUCAAGACAGAACAAUCUGCCAUGGCUGCAUUGGCCCAUAAUAUGGCUGCGCUUGGAGGGAACCAUAUCCGUGUUGACAGGGCCUGUCCACCUCGCAAGAAGUUAAAAGGUGAAACAACUCCACUGUAUGAUAACAAGAGGACUGUUUUCAUUGGCAACUUACCAUUUGAUGUGAAGGAUGAAGACAUAUUCCAGCUAUUUUCUGGUAUCAGCGGUAUGGAAACUAGCAUUGAAGCAAUUCGUGUCAUUAGAGAUCCUGGUACAAGUCUAGGAAAGGGAAUUGCGUAUGUCUUAUUUAAAACAAGGGAAGCAGCACAUACAGUCAUUAAGAAACGGAACUUGAAGCUCCGAGAUCGGGAGUUGAGGCUUUCUCAUGCUAGGCAGGAUGCCACCCCAUCAAAGAGAAAGAAUUCAUCCCCAUUAGAGACAGCUGGUUCCCCAGCUAAGAAGAUUGCAAUGGAUUCAAGGACUCCCCAAAGCAGCAGUAAAUCAACUCUCUCGUACCAGGGAUUGCGUGCGUCGAAAUCUGGUGUCCAAAAGAAAGUCUAUCCAAAAAGUUCUGGACUGGUUAAAACGACAUCUAAUACUCGAAAAGAAGAGAAAACACAAGAACGCAACGAAAAAAGACCAGCAGUUGCUGCGAGAAAGGCCAAGGCAAACGCGUUUAAGAAUGGUAAUACCUCCAAACAAGUAGGGGGAAAGCGCAAGAUGGACAGCCGAACUCCAGAGACCUCCCAAUGGAAGAAGAAAGCCAAAAAAUUCAAGUAGGAGGCCAGGACGAAUUGCUCUACUAAGAUUACUAGGCAAAAAGCCCUAUGCAAAGGAGGAUCACAUGUAAAAUUUCUGCAGGAUUGGGAAGAUAAAUUUAUUUCAAAUUUUGUAAUUCUUUGGAUCCUGGGUGAAAUUUUUAAGCUGGUAUUGCAGGCCAACCCUGUACGGCUGUAAACAUUCUUAUUUAGUAAUAGGUGCUGUACAAUGACUUAUCUUGAGUCUCUUUAGGGCUGUUAUUUCUUUGCUUUUAUACUUGUUUGUUACCAUGCCCUAAAGAUCUUUUUAAGCAAAGAGUAUACACACAAAGAAGCUCCACUAGUUGAAGUGGUA